ACCAAUGAAAGUGGCAGUUGAAUGCGGAAGUCAACUGUGGUUGGAUAUUGAAUAUGUCAGUCAAGCUCAGCCCAAAUCAACAGACGUUAGUAUCUUACCAGGUUGUGGCGUUAAAGCGACGAGUAUUAAUCUGUGUUUUGAUCGACUGCCCCCAAUGCGUCUCCGUCCGCUUGCGUAUGGUCGCCUCUUCCGGCUAAGUAACAUAACCAGCGCCCUCUGUGAUUCAGCGACUCAGUGUCGCCGUGCGAGACCAACAUUUAGCAGCGGGUCUACUGUACUAUUCUCCAGUAAAUUUACCAUGCAUUCUAGUAAAAACGCAGCUAGUCACGUUGACGUAUGCUCGAGCAGCACGAGGCAGCUCGGUACCGAGCUGCUUAGCAACAUUCCCACGAUCACAGCAGGAGACAACGGUUCACCCAUAGAGAAGAGGCGGCUGGAAACUCCGAGCCCUCAGUUUGAGGCCAACUGUGAUGAUGACUCGGAAGCUGAAUCUUUCGCUGAUGGAAGAAGAGAGGAGGUGGACAGGGACACCCGGGACAGGGCGUUUGCCUGGUGCAAAGAAUUUUUGUCCGGUUCAUGGAAGAGUAUCCAGGAGGAGGACUUCCAAAUCAGUAUUGUCAGUGGUGGACUGAGUAAUCUGUUGUAUCUGUGUACUCUGCCGGAGCAUGUACCUACCGUGGGAGUUGAACCUCGUCAGGUGCUCCUUAGGGUGUACGGUGCCAUCUUGCAGGGUGUGGACUCGCUUGUUUUGGAGAGUGUGAUGUUUGCCAUCCUGGCAGAGCGAACACUUGGGCCCAAACUUUAUGGCAUCUUUCCAGAGGGACGAUUAGAACAAUACCUACCGAAUACUCGCAUGCGUACAGAACAACUCUCAGAUCCCGCAAUUUCAGCAGAGCUGGCCACCAAGUUGGCUCGUUUCCAUGAAAUGCUAAUGCCCUUCAACAAAGAGCCCAAGUGGCUUUUUGGGACCAUUGACAGAUACAUGGAUCAGGUGAUGAAACUGAACUUUGUCCGUGAAGCACAUAUGAAGAAGUACAAGAAGCUCAUGAAGUUAAACCUGCCUGCCGAGCUGGAGAGCCUCCGUGAACUGCUGGCAGCGACUCCAUCACCAGUAGUGUUUUGUCACAAUGACGUCCAGGAAGGUAACAUUCUAAUACUGGACGGCAGGGACAGCUCCUCAGGAGACAGACUGAUGCUGAUAGACUUUGAAUACAGCAGUUACAACUACAGGGGUUUUGACUUUGGGAACCAUUUCUGUGAGUGGAUGUAUGAUUACACCUACGACCAGUGGCCUUUCUAUAAAUCCACACAGGAAAACUAUCCAACCAGAGAACAACAGCUUAUAUUCAUCCGAAAUUAUCUGGCAGAGCAAAGAAAAAGCUCUGAUAUUUCAGGGGACCAAACACAGAUUGAAGAGGACAUGCUGAUCGAAGCAAACAGGUAUGCGUUAGCGUCACACUUUCUCUGGGGGCUGUGGUCCAUCAUUCAAGCCAGGAUAUCUACUAUUGAGUUUGGAUACAUGGACUAUGCCCAGUGUCGGUUUGAUGCAUAUUUCAAGCAAAAGAAGCUAUGCUCCUGAUUUCCAAAGUAGGAACAUGUGCUUGUUUUAUCAGUCAUGCAUUUUUGUGUGUCUCUAUCCUAUGCGUCUAUGCUCUUGACAAGUAAUGGUUUUUGAAUGUUAAAGGUUUACAUUUAAAGACACAUUUUAGUGAAGUCUGUGCCUAUGCCCCUAGGGUAAAGUUUUAAAGCAACUGAGGCUUGUUCAGUCAUUUAUGAAAGCUCAUAAGGUGAUUUAAUGCGUUUUAAUUUUAUUUGGUUAAAACCACUCUUCAUGUGCACAUUAGGUUGUUUAGAUUUACCACAUGGACCAUUCAUUUGAUACUCUGUAGUGGCUAAUUAUGGAUGUUUCAGAUACUACUGUAAUCAGCGGGAUAGUGUUGUCUUUUUACAAGACUGUCACUGUAAGAAUACUUUUGGUUUGUGUACUUUAUUUCUCUAAGCCUCUGGAAUUUAAAAGCAGACAACUUGGUGGAUUAGGUUUAUUUAAUCAUUUCAGUUCUGGUAGAUCAAUACUGAUCCAGAGUGUUGGAUCAAGCCACCCCUUGUAGAAACACAUCUGUUAUUACCCUUUAUCAUGGCCACGCCCUCUCAAGGGGUUAAUAAAUGUUGGUGUUGGAACAUCUUAGGCCAGGCGUGGGCAAACUUUUUGACUCCUGGGCCACAAUUGUCCUAAAAUUGAACAAAUGACUGGGUCAGGAGCAGAUAGAUGGAGCGUUCGUGUGAACUAAUAUAAAUUACAUGUAAAGGUCAUGCAUAAAGGCUAAAAUGCUUUUUUUUAAAAAUGUCUACGCCAUCUAUUGGGGGAACUGGGGUAUUUCAGGGUUUCAGGUUAAACAAAUAUGGUCUUUAAUAGUCAAGGAAUCCAGUUGUCUACUUCUAAAUUUUCAAGGAUGGCGAUGAUCUGGAAGACUGAAAAACACAUUUCUAAUGUUGUUUAGGUCAUUCUACCUCCUCUCUCUUUAUCAACAAUCAUUCUGUUUCCGUAAGAGCUGAUUCUGAAGUUAACUUCUGAGGGACUAAGCAAACUUUUUUUUCAUUUCUAAGUUUAACAGGUGUUAAACAAGACUGUGAUUAAACCAGUGUUGGUCAAAACAUUUCAUGAGGCCUAAUUGCGUUAUGAGGCAUUUUCACACACUUCUGAUUUCCGUCCUACCUUUUUGACGUACAACCUUUUUCAAAUGUCAGACUUGCAUCUUGAGUUUCUUUCUCAAUUAUGUCUUUUUGUUGUUUUUUUUUUUUUGUUUUGUUUGUUUUUUCAUAUUCUUUCUUUAAAAACGUGAUAAGGUGCAAUGUCUUUUAGGAAUAUGCUGAAACAGCACUGUCUCAUAGAGUGUACCAAUCACACCACACAAAAAAGUUUCUGUCAUUUAACUGUAAACCCUUCUGCAUCACCAGUCCUGUGUGUUACUCUUUAAUGCACUGGUGCUUUUCUCAUUAGCUGUAUCUCUCUGCACAUGGGAAGAGCCUGAACUGUUUCUCUCCAAAUGUCUGUUAUGUUGGUCCUGUUUGCACUAUUAAAAUCUCAUCUAAAGGUAA